AUGGAUAAUAGUUCAACAUCGGGUAAUCCUUUUAUAAAGAAAUCAUUUAAGGGUCCAUUAUUAUUAAAAGAUUUGCAAGCAUUUAACGACAAUGGUUUUCUAAUCAAAAACGAUAUAAUAGAUAAUAAACUACUCUUUGAAUUUAAACAAGAGUUUAAUGAAUAUCAAAAAGAUAACAAUCAUACCAAUAAUAGUAAUAAUAAUAAUAAUACUCAAUACAACUGCCAUUUUAAAAGUUUAUAUGAAAUUAGACAAAAUCAAAAUUUCUAUGAAUCGUAUAUUCAACUAUUAGGCUCAACAUAUUCAGAUUCCUAUACAAACUAUUCAAAUACUUUAUCGUUAAUAAACAGUGGUAAACCAACAACAAUAAAGAAUGUAUCAUUUUUAGAAUACCCAAAUUUUAUACAUAAUUUUUCACCCAUUGAAUUAUUCAUGUAUUUAGGCAACUCAACUAUCAAAAGCAACUCUGGUGAAAACAAUGAUAAAACCAUCAAUUUAGAUUGUAAUCCAUUUAAUUUAUUUAAAAAUGAAAAAAUCAGUAAAGAAGGAUUGGUUUACAGCAAUAUAGAAUGUUGGAAACCUAUUAGAUCAUUCAUUUCAUUAAAAGAUAAUCAAGGAAUUUGGAUAUUACCAGGGUUUCAUAAAAAAUCAGUUCAGUUUAUUCAAGAUAAAUAUUUAGAGAAUAGAAAAAAGCUUAUUAAAAACCUAUCUUUAAAUGGCAGCGGAGAAUCAAAUGGUUAUAAUGUUAGCAAUUAUUAUAAAAACGAUAAAGAGUUAUUGUCAAUGUUAGAAUAUAUUCCAUUAAAUAAAGGUGAUAUAGUAUAUUUCGAUUGGAGAAUACCGAAAAGCUAUGACCAGUCAUUAUUAGAAUUUAUAGAUACGUCCUUUUUACCAAAUGUUUUAAUUAAUCAACAAUAUAUUCAAAUAGAAAAAGAUAAUUAUAAAAAUGGUAUAAUAACACUAAACAACACCAAUAAUAAUAACAAUACCAAAAAUACAACCAAUAAUAUCAAUAAUGAGGGUUUCUUAUCAAAAUUCCUUUCAAACUUUAAAAAUAAUAAUGAUAGUGCCAAGGACAAUUAUCAAAAUUUAGAAAAUAAUAAAAUUAAAGAAUUUAAUAAUGAAAACUUUGUAUCACCAAAACUAUCAAUAUUGGGAGAAAAAUUAUUAAAUUUUAAAAAAUGGGAAACUAAUUAA